CCUGAAGUGCUUAUCCGUUGAGCUACCUGCCACUGUUGAAACUUUACUGCGCUUUGUUGUACAUAAACUCAUCUGUUCCGUAAAUCCCAACAAUUAAUGAUUAAUCACCUUAUCAUUAUAUUGCCUUAAUCCAUCUUCCUCCACACAUAAGCUCGGACCAACCUCUCUCUAAACAUCCCAGAAACAUUUCCUCCUCCUUCUCUCUUCAUUUCUCAACCCCAAAUCAUCAACCCAUCUUCAACCAUAACUAAUCACUUUCUCAUCCAAGAUUAAGUCAAGAUUAGCAUCAAAGCUCCAAGGAUUGUCAUCUAUCACAACUCAUUAUGUCAGGGACAGAGCAGAACGAAGCACCCCACACUAAGCUGUUUCCCAAGGAAAACUGGGUCCGGCUACAGGACAACAACUACCAGCUUGACUAUGCGCUGUUCAAAUGCCCAGACCCUGUCAUCCCCGUCAUACUCCAAGGGCACUACAUUUGGCCGGCACUCACCAAGGCAGCACCUGUCCCGGAAGUUUACCUGCAACAGUUCUGGAGUACCAUGCACACGACCUCAAAGAAAGACAGGUCGAAGAUUCUUGCUACGUUGCACAACAGGUGGCUGGUACUAACUGUUAGUCCCCUAGAUUUUGAUGAAAAGUUUUU